CAAGCCUCCUCUCACUCUGAUUCAACUAUGUGAUCUGUUUUUCCACACACGGACCCUGACUCCUCUCCUCUUUUAUCCCCCUUCUCCUCCUCCGCGCGCUCAAUGCGCAGUCCACACUCGCGAGCAGCUCGUGCGUGCCGCCAAGUUACUUUUCCCUGAACAGUUUCUCGCCGAACUUCCCCUCGCGCUCUCUACUCCGGGACACUAUGACCACUAUGGCAACUUCAGCGGCUCCGACCCUGCUGCCCGCCGCUCCGCUCGGACACCACCCGGCUCAGAGUUCCGUCUCCCCGGCCACCAACUCCCCGCCGCCCGCGGCCACCUCCGCCGCGUCCUCCCCGGCUCCCCCGGUGGCGCACCCGGCGCUGCUGCACCAGUUCCGGGCCGACCUCCUCCUGCAGAACGGCACCGGGCUGAAGAGCGGCGGCGGCGGCGGCGGCGUGCCGGCGUCCGGCGGCGCCAAGCCGGUGUACGCCACCGCGUCGCCCGUGGAGAGCACGCCGCAGAACAACGAGUGCAAGCUGGUGGAGGUGAAAGGUGCCAAGCUGGCCUCGUUCACGGUGAAAGACACGGAGCUCAUCUGCCUGCCGCAGGCGUUCGACGUCUUCCUCAAGCACCUGGUCGGCGGGCUGCACACCGUCUACACCAAGCUGAAGCGCCUGGACAUCUCCCCGGUGGUGUGCAACGUGGAGCAGGUCCGGGUGCUGCGGGGGCUCGGGGCCAUCCAGCCCGGGGUGAACCGCUGCAAGCUCAUCUCCCGGCAGGACUUCGAGACGCUCUACAACGACUGCACCAACGCGAGUUCCAGGCCUGGACGACCGCCCAAGAGGCUGCAGAGUGUGACAGAGGGCGGGACUCACCACAUGCUGUCUCACAGUGGUCUGAUCCACGCUGGAAUCAUGCCUCCUGCAGAUCUCUCUGCCCUGGCCAAAAAGAUCAAGCUGGAGGCGAUGGCCAGUUACCACAGCAACCAGCAACAUGGCGGGCCAAACGGUGAAAACGGUGACCACAACCCCGGUCUGGUUCUGGAUCAGCUGCCCUUCAUGAUGAUGUCACAUCCUCUGAUCCCUGCCAGCCUGGCUCCGGCCUCCGUUUCCAUGGCGAUGGGCCAGAUGAACCGACUGAGCACGCUGGCCAGCAUGGCCAACGUGGCGCAGCUCCACGCCAACCCCCCUGCCAGGGCGCCCACCUCCGUCAUUAAGGAACGAGUGCUUGACAGCCCGUCCCCUUCUCCUUCACUUGAGGAAGCUCAGCUGUCGUCCAAUCACAGCAGCAGUGUGUCAAGCUCACCAUCUCACACAGAACGCACUGCAGAAACCACACACUCGCUCCAUGACGGCCUGCCGCCCAGCGUGUUGGGACAUUCUCCUGGUUUGAUGGCGGGAGCCAGAGAGGGAGAUGUGGCCUCGGUGGAGUUCAACAAGGAGAACAAGAGGAGCCACGCUGACAGAGAUAACAGCUCCUUGGCCGCCCAGACGACCAGGGAGGGCUGUGAUCGACAAGCCUACUCCAAACCCCCGUCAGGCAGGGAGGGCUGCGAGAGGGUAUCUUACCCUGCAGGACAGAAGCUCCCAGCAGGUCUCCACCACACUCCCUUCAUCUUCCCGGAAGGCUUGUCCUCCAUAGAGACCCUGCUCACAAACAUCCAGCAGGGUCUGCUGAGGGUCGCCAUAGAAAACGCCCGUGCGCAGGAGAAGCAGGACCAGCUGGAGAGGACGGAGCUGAAGCUGGAGCUGGUCCGAGAGAGGGAGCUCAGGGAGACCCUGGAGAGACAGCUGAGCAUGGAGCAGAAAAACAGAGUUCUGAUCCAGAAGCGUCUGAAGAAGGAGAAGAGGAGUAAGAGGAGACUACAGGAGGCUUUGGAGGAGGAGGUCAAACUCCGUGAUCAGGCCGAGCACAGCCUGCUGCACACCACCAACACACACACCGGCCAUCAAUCAUCGGCGGCCCCUCCCCACACAGAGUCUGUGACCCAGGACGUGAACGGGAGCAAUCAUGAUGACAACAGGCUGGACGGCAAGACGACAGUACAAGGUACAGAGGGCAGAGUGUUCCUGCAGACCGCCGGGAUGUACUGAAGACGGCGAGCCCGAGCUGAGAACGAAUGAGAGAACGGAUGAAUGGAUGGGAGGACGGUGUGACUGAGAGCCGUUGUUUAUGAGAUUUACAGUCGACAGGCAUGCUCCGACACACCUCCGCCACACGACCCCUCUCAGCAUUUCAAGGUCGACAUUUGAACUUUUUUCCAUUGUUCUCCUGUUUUAAUUUAUUGCAUUUAUUAACAAAUCUCAGCCGUAGUGGGAAGCGUACUUUAUUCUGAUGUUGUGUUUGACUGUGUUUCUUUGAAUCAAAGUUUUUUAGACGCUAGAUACAAAUGAUCAUAGUUGUUUUGGACUUUUUUUUUUUUUUUUCUUUUUAAAUCUCCUGUCAGUGCUGUUUGUCUGGACACAAGUGAUGAAUAUGACUUGUAAAGGAGUCGUGUACAUAUAUAUAGUCAUCAUUUUGGUUAUUAUCAAAAGAGAAUCAUAAUGGCAUGUUGUACAGUCAGUAAAUGACUUGUAUUGUGUAUGUUAUGCAGUAGUGCAGUUUGAC